AGCAACGAGCAAGAGAGUGAAAUCAGGGUUAUUGACGAACCAGAGAAGGGGGAGGACUGAAGGAAGAAUUUUGCGGUUGUUAUUCCUGAUGAACAUAGCAUGUGCAAUGAAGAAGAGGAGCUUAUCAUCGCCUUGAACUCCAGAUUCUUCCCCUUCGAGCUGCUCCUCUUCAAGGUUAGGGUCACUCUGGAGUAUGAUUCAUGCUUAAGGCUGGAAAUGAUUCUGUUGCACAUUUAAACAUGUUUUUGAUUCAAUCAGUGGCUCCAUCUCGGUUUAGUUUCUAAGUUAGGAAGGGGCAUGAUACAUGCCGGCCCAGAUAGCUUUUAAGGCAUUAAGUUUUGGAGCUUUAGUUGCAAGAAGACCCUUCAACUCUUGCCUGAGCCUCUGCCCCAAGUUUUCUGCUAGGUCAAUUCAAAUGGAAACUACUCAGAACAAUAUUAGUGGAAAAAAUGGGUCAAGAGGUGCUUUGAUAGUUCUAGAAGGUUUGGAUCGCAGUGGCAAAUCUUCACAGUGCAGUAGGCUGCUCUCCUUCUUAGAGAGAUUGGGUUAUCCAGCUGAUUUAUGGAGAUUUCCUGAUAGAAAUACAAGUGUUGGACAAAUGAUAUCUACAUAUCUUUCAAAUAAAUCACAACUGGAUGAUCACACGAUCCAUCUGCUUUUCAGUGCUAAUCGUUGGGAGAAGAGAUCACUGAUGGAAGCCAAACUGAAAGCUGGAAUCACUUUAAUCGUUGAUCGUUAUUCUUAUUCUGGAGUGGCUUUCUCAUCUGCAAAGGGGCUUGAUGUUGAUUGGUGCAAGGCACCAGAAAUAGGAUUGCUUGCUCCAGAUUUGGUAGUCUACCUUGACAUAUCACCAGAGAAAGCUGCUCAACGAGGAGGCUACGGAGGUGAGAGAUAUGAGCAACUUGACUUUCAGAAAAAAGUUGCCCAGUGCUAUGAAGUUCUUAGUGAUUCCUCCUGGAAGAUCAUCGAUGCUUGCCAACCCAUUGAGGAUGUUGAAAAGGAGCUGCAGGAGAUCGUAUUGGAUCACGUAAAGAAAUGCCAAAACGGGAAGCCAUUUUCCCAUCUUUGGUUAAGUUAAUCUUCUUUUCCCUUUCUCCUAGAAGAACAAUUUGCCAAGCCCAUUGUAAAUGCUAAAACAUGAUUAGCUUCAUGAUUAUAGGCAGUGUUUGGAUUUUGGAUAUUGAUUUUUGAGGCCUUGUUUUGUAACUUCUAAACGUAAUUUGGUUAAGGUAUUCAUGUCUUCCAAACACAGCUGAAAA